AACUUGACAGCUCGUCUCUUGUUCCUCCUCAGAUCUGCUUGAAUGAUCAGAGGGAUUCCUCGGGAGGCUGCAGGAUGACAGGGGUCAUCAAAGGCCACCUGGACCCUUUAAAAGCUGCUUGUAAGGCCUGGACUCGACAAAGCUCAUCGUUCAGACAGCAGCAAACUUUCACUCCGCAAAGAAUCGUCUUAUAGACAAACAUUCACGCGAUGAGACCACUUCCACUAGCUGUGGUGCUUGCUCUAGUGAGCCUGAGAUGCCGGGGAACCAAACAGCACAGCCAGCAAAGGGGGAAACAUCAUGCAGAGCAUCACAGUGAGCACGGAGCACACAGUGUUGGAGUGUAUCAUCCUCACAGAUAUCCACUGUAUAUGAUGCAGCUGUACCGAGAAUACAAAUCAGUGGACACGAGGAAAACAGCUGCCCGUGUGAACGGUGAUGCUUUGCAUCAAACAGACUCCGUAGUGAGUUUGGUGGCCAAAGACUGCCAUCAGAUCGGUGAGAGGUGGAAGGUCACUUUCGACAUGUCCUCCCUUUUCGGCAGACAAGAAAUCCGGCUUUCCGAACUCCGGUUCCGCGUGUCCGCUUUUUCCGCCACCGAGGUAGAGCUUUAUCACGCGCCGCAUAACAGCGCACCUGAAGAGCGCGUCUUCCUCGGCAGCAUCAAUGUCACACCGGGACUCUCCUCCUCCUCCUGGAAGGUGUUCAACGUAACUGAUCUCCUCACAUAUUGGCUGCAUCACGGGGGCGAAGAGCAGUUUCCUGUAACGGACAAAUUGAGAGCUGUAGAAGAGGGCAGCGGAAAUGAUGGAACUGAACCAUCUCCACGCCGCACAAUUCAGCUACCCACUGACCGAGUGAUGAUUGUAGUGUUCUUGAAGAGCUCGUUGACCCAGGGUCACCAGAGCAGGUCUACUUUAAUGCAAACAGUACAACACUCCAAAUACGUGGCCCUGGACCGACCCGGUAACGCAAGGCGACGCAAGAGGAACCGGAUGGACCCGGGACAUGUGCGGGAGGUGGUGGCGAGUGAAAACGUUACUGGGUCAUUCAUAGAGUCCGUGCAAAGGCCGCUGUGCAGACGAGUGGACAUGUGGGUGGAUUUUGACCAGAUCGGGUGGAAUGAGUGGAUUGUGCAUCCGAAACGUUACAACGCUUACCGAUGUGAAGGAGAAUGCCCAGUUCCGUUAGAUGACUCCUUCAAGCCUACGAAUCACGCCUACAUGCAGAGUCUGCUGAAACUUUACCAUCCAGAGCGCGUUUCCUGCACUUCAUGCGCGCCCACGCGCCUCAGCUCGCUCUCCAUGCUCUAUUACGAAGGCGAUGACGUAGUGUUGCGUCACCACGAAGACAUGAUCGUAGAAGAGUGCGGAUGCCAGUGAACCUGACCGGAUGCUCCUGGAUUAUGAAGACACUUUUUUUUCACUUACUCUUCUUAAAUUGCACACUUCGACUUGAUAAUGGUAUUAUUUUAUCUGUAUUUGUAUUAUUUCUGAGGUCAAAAGCCAUUAGUCUACUGAGAUAAUUUAAAUAUUUAAUAUUUAAAUAGAAUGUUGGAAGUGGACUAAUUUCUAAAAAUGUCUAUGUGUACAAAAUGUAUAUAUGAGUAGUUAAUACAUAAUGAUAUAUAUAUUUUUAAUACAUCAAAUUUGCCAUGUAAAAUCUAAUCUUUUAUAUUUUGUCAUCAGAAUCUAUUAUAUGUACUGUUUGUACAAUGCAAGAUUACAUAUUUCCUUUUUGCGUAAAUUUAAAGUUAAAUGAAUAAAAAACUUGCUAAUCUACAAAGCAAUAUGAA